GCAGCGCCAUCACCACAGACAACGGUGUGACUAUCAUUGGCUUCACCGACUUACCCUCGCGCAUGGCGAGUGUCAGUUCACAGUUGUAUGCGACCAACAUCUCGCACUUGCUGGACGAUAUGGGCAAGGGCCAAGACUUCAGUGUAGACAUGGACGAUGAAGUGAUUGGAGCCAUGACCAUCGCCAAGUACGCGCAGGAUCAGUGUGUACUGCGACAUAGUGUCUGCGUGUGCAUAGUAUUGGAAUUGUGUUGUGUGUUGCUAAAGGAUCC